AGAGCGGCCGGCGGGCCGCGGGCUGGAGCCGUCAGUCUGGCAGCCGCGGGGCCCCGCGAGCGCGGCGCUGCCUUCUCGCUAGCGCAGGCAUGGAGGAGGCGGCCUGAGGGCAGAGCCUGGCUGAAGCGCGCGGUGAGCAGUCGGGCCGCCUGGGAGGGGAGGGGACCCUGCCCGGCGCUUUGUUCCGGGCGGGAGGUGUGGCCGCCCCGGGCCCGGCCGCGCUCGCCAAAAGCAGACUGCGCUCCCAGGCUGGCGGUGAGUGGACCUUUGCCCGCACCGCUGGCUCCAGCGGAACGGGGUACGGUCGAGAAAUCCGCCACGAUCGAGACCCCAGUGGGAAGGGCCUGACCACCGCCCGAAGAGCCCCUUUCAUGGUAACCGCCCUUGGGUUCCUUGUCUGCCCUGGCGAGAACCCGCGAGAAGGUCUGACCUACCAGCAACAUGGCAACCAGUGCUGUCCCCAGUGACAACCUCCCCACAUACAAGCUGGUGGUGGUGGGAGACGGGGGCGUAGGCAAGAGUGCCCUCACCAUCCAGUUUUUCCAGAAGAUCUUUGUGCCUGACUAUGACCCCACCAUUGAAGACUCCUACCUGAAACACACCGAGAUUGACAAUCAAUGGGCCAUCUUGGACGUUCUGGACACAGCGGGGCAGGAAGAGUUCAGCGCCAUGCGGGAGCAGUACAUGCGCACGGGGGACGGCUUCCUCAUCGUCUUCUCGGUCACGGACAAGGCCAGCUUCGAACACGUGGACCGUUUCCACCAGCUCAUCCUGCGUGUCAAGGACAGGGAGUCAUUCCCGAUGAUCCUCGUGGCCAACAAGGUCGAUUUGAUGCAUUUGAGGAAAAUCACCAGGGAGCAAGGAAAAGAAAUGGCGACCAAACACAAUAUUCCGUACAUAGAAACCAGUGCCAAGGACCCACCUCUCAACGUGGACAAAGCCUUCCAUGACCUGGUUAGAGUAAUUAGGCAACAGAUUCCAGAAAAAAGCCAGAAGAAGAAGAAGAAAACCAAAUGGCGGGGAGACCGGGCCACUGGCACCCACAAACUGCAGUGCGUGAUAUUGUGAUGGCCCGAGGCCCUGGGCACAGUAACCGGGAACUGGCCGGCCCUCGGGACCCCUCCACUGCCUAACCGCACUGAAGACCAUUUCUAACCAUGACCCUUGGCCCGAGGACUUGGCACAGGAAGGGAGAGGGGGAGGGUGGGUGGGGAGGAGAUAGGGUCUGGCUUUGCUGGAAGGCAUAGGCUUCCCCAUGUCUCAGCUGAGGCGAGGAGGCAGCAGUCAACAGAGCAGCCUCCAAGCCCCUGUGCUGAUGCAACCCGGGUCCCCUCUCUCUUGGUGGCUGUGUCGUUUCUUUGAACUACAUAGUGUGGGUUUUAUGUGGAAGUGUUUCUCCACAUACAAAACAAGCCAUGAUCAAGCUCCCCCGACCCGCCCUUGUCCCUAGUCCACAGUGUCAGAGCUUGGGUGUCUUUGGUAGAUUUUUAAAUUAUUUUAGUGAUUAUUAUUUUAUUAAAGGGGUCUGCUCCCACUGCCUGGUGAAGUUUCAAGUCUUUGGCAGGCCCCUCUGAUAACAUGUCUGGAAUAUUGUUCUCGUUUUUUAACUGAAUGUCCCCGGCCGUGCCAAAACUCAACUCAGUGUGACCAUAGAGUGACCGAGAGAUGGGAAGUUUAUGGCUGGAGGCCUCGGGAGAAACAGACCCUAGUCACGGCCUAUAAAUCAGAGAGAAGAGAGAUGUGUUUACCCGGAAGGUUUUACUGUGAUCGAGGAUGCAGAUAUUAGGAAACGGAAUUUUCUUUUGCAGAGGAGAGGCUGGCACGUCACUUUUUAAAAAGGGCUUCUCAUCAUCCUGGAAAUGUGUACAUUAAGUAAGCUGUUUGGUGUUGCAAAUGUGCUCGUUUCUUUUUCCGAUGAUGUGGGUUACGUUCUGUGUUCUUCACAGCCAUGUGAGAGGGCUCUCUCUCUCUCUCCCACCCCCUGGGCUGUCUGGUGCCUCUGAUACAAACACGCUGACACAGGCAUGUGUGUCCUCUGUGUCGAAGUCAGCGAGUGUGGAUGCCAUCCAAAACACUAGUCUGUGCUCAAUCGUAACCAAAAAUGAUCCAAUACUGUUCUUACUAAAACAGCACCAAGACCUGAAGCCAUGUUCCCUUGGAGUCAACUGACUCACUUCUUAAGACCAGUCAAUGAGCAAAACCCCUUUAAAGCAUUUGCAAACUUAGUCUUAGGUUGCCUUUCUGGCACAAAUUUUUAUUAACCUCUUGGAUCUUGACUAUAUUAUGUAAUUGGAGGUGAAAGUAGGGUUGGGGUGGUGACAUGGCUCCUAAACACUUCACUCUACAAGGGGACAGUCCCCCAGCUCCCUGACGAUGCCCACCUCCCUCCCAGGUGCUGCUGGUGUGAGCCAGGCUGGGGGUGGGGUGGAGGGGCAGCGGGAACAACACCACAUCCUCGAGAGAAAGUCCAAAGAUGAGACAGUGGGCUAGUGACCUUAUUUUACAAAUCAGGCCACCAAGCAAACUAGAACAUCCCUAGCGGGUUGGCCCGGCCACCGUUGGGAGAAAGAAACCUGGGGAAAGUGAAUAUCCAACCGGACAUUGAGAUACCUGGAUUUUUCUCUAGUUUUGAGAGUGUGCUGAGUUUCUAACUGGGCAGGAUCACCAGCACCCAGCAGGGGUAUGGGUGGAUAGGGGGCAGCCAAGGAACAAUUCUGCCAUAGAACAAAAUAGUUGGGGCAUUUGUUUGUUGGAAAAAAAAAAAAUCAAACGUCUUUAUGUGUCUAAAUAGCCCUUUUUUUUCUGGCCCUAAAAGGGAGGAUGACAAAGAGCAUUCCAGAUCAGGCCCUUCAGAGCUUCUCAAGAUCUUAUAAUAUUAAUGGGCCUUCUAAACACUAACAAGACAAGGCUCUUUCCAACCCUUAGGCUCCUCUGAGCCACAUCCCAGCACUCGGGUGCAGAUGAGUGGCAGCUGUAAACGGGAGAUAAGGAAGAGGCGAGACAGAUGGGCAGAAGGAAGGAUGGCGAUGUGGCGAUGUAUGUGGCGAUGGAGGGAGUGGUGGAGCCGGACAGGAAGCCCCACACACGGGGCAGCAUCCACUGCUGGAAACCUCCCAGGCAUGGACCACCACCGGCACCCCUGCCACUGCGGAGCCUACAGCUCCUGACAGCACUGAGCAGGGAGCCUUGUUGGGAGCAGAUCAGUUGCGCUGGAAUGAAGCCCUUAGCCAUCAAGGUAGCCAGCCAAAGGGAUUCCAGCUGUUUCCAGACCCUCCCCCAAUAGGGCAUUGCAUCUGCCCUACCCCAUGUUCCUGGGCAUCUCUUCUGCACUCAGCCCACAGCUUCAGGCCCACGAUGUCUGAGGGAGAAACUGGGUAAGGGGUGGCCUUCUGUAGACGCCCAGUUGAAUGGUUGGCCUUCAUCUCCUAUGACCUCAUUCUCCCCAUAGGCAAGAUGGGUAAAUAACAUUUAUAAGACAUUUCUCUGCAUUUUAGAGAACUGUGGGCCCUCGUGGCAGUGGCAGCUGAGGCCUGAGUGGAGAACAGGCCUGAGUAGAGUGCAUCCAGGGGCAUCCCCAGUACCCAGCUACCCUGCAGGGUCAGUCUGGAAAACCAGUUGGCCAUGCUACUGACUGUGCAGCCCAAUGGGACUUGUGUCUUUGAUGACAUUCUGGUAUUCCCACUGGUUUUCCACCUGAAUAGUGCUACCUUCACACCCGCUGGAACACACCCUUCCUGAAAUCCACUCACCCCGUGCCUUUGGCACUCUGUGCUCUCCCAUCUCCUAACAUUCUGCCACCCUUCCCCCACUUAGAGGGCUUCUUUUCUUCCCAGCAAGUAAUCCUAGCCAUCCUCCCCACCCCCACACCCUGGGGGGAUGGCCACUGACUUCCCCUGUACUUGGUCUCACAGGGGGCACCUGAAUGGCUUUUGUUAGGACUUUGCCCACCUUCUCUCAGAGAGUGCAUGGUAGCCUAUUGUGGCCUGUCUCUCUUUCCUAGGAGAUGUGACCCACUAACAUGUGGCAGCUCUAACCCAAAGGCCCCCUCAGAUGCAUUACAGUAAAUCUGGAGCCAGAGAGAGAGAUCCCCUCCAUUCACAGCCCACUGGAUUAGACAUUCCGUGUAGGGCUUACUUAGAAUGAAAGAUACUUGAAUUACUGAGCGCUGCGAGCGCCCAGCUUCUGUUACAGUGUUAGCCAUUGUCUACACAGGUGGCCAUUGUCAUGAAAUGAGAGUGAUGCCUGAAGAUCUCGAUGAUGCUUGAGCCUUUUAUGUAACUUUUAUUAAGUCUUUGUGUAUCUCAACUCAUUAAUAAAGAAAAGAAGAGGAA